UUUCCAAUCUAUAGAAACCUUGAAAGUUUAGAUUUUCGAUCUGUUCAACCCUACAACAUAGUAUCCAAAGUUAAUUUCGUACGCAGUUCAGCUCGUCAUUAAGGCAUUUACGAAAAUAAAAUCAUAUUUUAUUAGUUUCACACAUUAAGAUGCCACGUGGAAAAUAUGUUAACCAUAAGGGCAGAAGUCGCCACUUCACCUCGCCCGAAGAAAUGCAGCAACAGGAAAGUGAAGAGGAAAGUUCCAGCAGUGGUGAGGAUGAGGAGGAGGAUCAAGAUCAAGCGGGCGGAAGUAGCGGAAGGGUAAAAAAAGUUGCACCUGGCACCAUGCCAUCAUCAUCAGAAUCGGAAGAGGAUUCCGAGGAAGAAGACCGCGAUGCUAAGAAGGGUGUUGCUAGCUUAAUCGAGAUUGAGAACCCAAAUCGUGCCGUAAAGAAGGCAACGCAGAAAGUUGCAAAAUUAAAUGUUAGCGAUCCGCCACCUAAGCCGGAGCUAUCUAGACGAGAGAGGGAACAAAUUGAAAAACAAAAGGCCCGCCUUCGCUACGAAAAACUUCAUGCCGAAGGAAAGACUGCCCAAGCUAAAGCUGAUUUGGCCCGUCUGGCUCUUAUACGACAGCAAAGAGCCGAUGCAGCGGCAAAACGGGAAGCAGAAAAGAAGCUCGCUGAAGAAAAGAAGAACACCAAGGCAUAGUUAAAACAGUUGGCUGACGCUUCAGAAUCUUCUAAUCGAUUGCUCUAGGUGACCUUUUGUCAUAAUAACAAGCUCUUGCAAUGUUUUUUUUUAUUAUAUUUAAAAUAUAAAUAAUUUUGAUUCAACAAAUUUCAGAUGUAUACAUAUUAAUUUGCGGCUUAACGUAAAUACAUAUCGCUACACUGUCAAAUACAA